AUGGCACCCCUCCACGACUACUACCAAAUCCUCAACCUCCCCUUCGCCUCCACAAGCAGCGGCUUCACCAAACAGCAACUCAAACUCGCCUACCACAAGGCCCUGCUAAAACACCACCCCGACAAGGCCGACAAAGCCUCGACCGUGACACCGACUACCGACCCUUCCUCAACGAGAGCAACCGCCCUUCCGUCCGACUCUCCCCUCCACCCACAGCCAGACGCCCCGCGACCCGUCUACACAAUCGACCAGAUCACCACCGCCUACAAAACCCUCUCGGACCCGCACCUCCGCGCCGACUACGACCGCGCCUUACGGCUCGACCGGUCGACGGCCGCCGCGCGCGAGAAAACCGCCACGGUCUUCCACACGGGGCUGGAGGUCGUGGAUUUGGAGGAUCUGGAAUGCGACGAGGACGCCGCCUGCUGGUAUCGCGGGUGUCGGUGCGGCGACGCACGCGGGUUUUGUGUCGAGGAGAGUGAUCUUGAGCGGGAGGCGGAGCAUGGCGAGAUUGUGGUUGGGUGUCGCGGGUGCAGUUUGUGGAUGAAGGUUUUGUUUGCUGUUGCGGAGGAUACGUGA